AUGGUCCAACAAUGCUCUAGAGGAUGGAGGACGAUCUCAGUGGGGUUGUUCUCCAUCCUGGCGGGCUCGGCUCUGGCGGGACCAGACCUUACAAGCAAACACGAGAAGGGCAGAUGCGCCAUGAGGGGACAGUGCGGCAAGCAGGGCUUCUUUGGCUCUGAGCUGCCAUGUCCCGAUAACGGCCCGGCGAAGACACCAGACGCGGACGUGAGGAAGAAGCUGGUCGACAUUUGCGGUGCCCAGUGGCAAGACUUGGACGUGUGCUGCGAUGGAAACCAAAUCGACGCCUUGAAGACGAAUCUCGACCGUGCCACGCCCAUCAUCAACUCCUGUCCCGCCUGCAAAGAGAAUUUCUACAACCUGUUCUGCACCUUCACGUGCUCGCCUGACCAGUCGCUAUUCAUCAACAUUACAGGCACAGAGCCGAAGGGAGACAAGUUCCUGGUGACGGAACUGGACAACUUGAUUUCGAACGAUUAUGGCUCGACCUUCUACGACAGCUGCAAGGACGUCAAGUUUGGCGCGACCAACAGCAAGGCCAUGGACUUUAUCGGCGGUGGUGCAGACAACUACACCAAGUUCCUCAAGUUCCUCGGCGACAAGAAGUUCUUGGGCUCGCCUUUCCAGAUCAAUUUCCCAAGGCCCGACGAAGGGGACUAUCCUGAAAUGGACCCUAUGAACAAGCACGCCUACCCAUGCAACACGACCGACGAGCUCUACCGAUGUGCCUGCCUCGACUGCGGCGGAUCAUGCACCGAGCUGCCCGAGGUCCAGGAGGUGAAGCAAUGCCACGUCGGUCUGCUCCCAUGCCUCUCGUUCGCCGUCAUCAUCGUCUACUCUUUCUUCCUCGGCCUGCUGUGCACCGCCGUCGCUGGACACGUCGCAUACCAGAACCACUCGAGACACAAGAACGAGCGCAUGCGCUUGUUGCAGGACCUGGAGCCAAGCGAUGAUGAGGACGAGGGCGAUAUUGUGCACAACGUCGGCAUGCUAGACCGACCUACCAAGCAUUACUUCAUCAACACAUGGUGCGAUCGCAUGUUCAGCCGUCUUGGAUACGUUUGUGCCCGAUUCCCUGCCAUCACCAUCUUUACCAGCAUUCUAGUCGUUGGUCUAAUGAGCUUGGGCUGGAUGCGCUUUGAAAUCGAGACAGAUCCAGUCCGCCUAUGGGUCUCGCCAGACUCGGCCGCCGCGCAGGAGAAGGUCUUCUUCGAUGAGAAGUUUGGCCCCUUCUUCCGUGCAGAGCAAGCAUUUUUGGUCAACGACACAGCCGAGGGCUCUGGCCCGGUAUUGAGUUACGAAACUCUCGAUUGGUGGUUCGGUGUCGAAAGCCAGAUCCAGCGUCUCAAGUCAUAUGAUGGCGGUGUGACUCUGGACCAGGUCUGCUUCAAGCCUAUCGAAGAUGCUUGCGUCGUGCAAUCCGUCACUGGAUACUUCCAAGGCGACUUCGCCAAUGUUUCGCCCAGCAGCUGGCAAGACGAUCUCCUGGAGUGUGUCGACAACCCGAGUGGAUGCCUGCCGACAUUCCAACAACCACUUGACCCGCAUCUAUUGUUCGGCGGUGUUAACAACAGUGUUCUCGACGCGAAAGCUCUCGUUGUCACAUGGGUCGUCCAAAAUCACCCCGAGGGUACUCCCGAAGUUGAGCGUGCCAUGCGAUUCGAGAACGAGAUGAAGAACUACCUGAAGCUGGUCGCCGAAGACGCAAAGAGCAGAGGACUGAGGCUGAGCUUCAACACCGAAGUCAGCUUGGAGCAAGAGUUGAACAAGAGCACCAAUACCGAUGCAAAGAUCGUUGUCGUGAGCUACAUCAUCAUGUUCUUGUACGCGUCCAUGGCUCUUGGCUCGACGACACUCACUGUCCGCUCUAUCCUGCGCAAUCCCGCCAACGCUCUAGUCCAGUCCAAGUUCAUGCUCGGCAUAGUUGGCAUCAUCAUCGUGCUCAUGUCAGUCUCUGCCUCAGUUGGUCUCUUCUCUGCUGCCGGUAUCAAGGUCACCCUGAUCAUCGCCGAGGUCAUCCCAUUCCUGGUAUUGGCUGUUGGUGUCGACAACAUCUUCCUGAUUGUGCACGAGUUCGAGCGUGUCAACAUCAGCCAUCCUGAAGGCACUAUUCCAGAGCGUGUGUCCCGAGCUCUUGGACGAAUGGGUCCGUCCAUCUUGCUGUCCGCCCUCACUGAGACCACGGCCUUCGCUCUGGGUUGCGCAGUGGGCAUGCCUGCUGUUCGCAAUUUCGCCGCGUAUGCUGCAGGAGCUGUUUUGAUUAACGCACUGCUGCAGGUUACCAUGUUCAUCGCCGUGCUUGCGCUCAACCAGCAGCGUGUCGAAAACAACCGCGCAGACUGCUUCCCAUGCAUUCGUGUCUCCAAGGCCGACCCCGGCUAUUUGAAUGGCGGCAUGGGUCACGGUGCUGGUGAGGAGGGAGCACUGCAACGCUUCAUCAGGAAGACCUAUGCCCCUGCGAUUCUAGGCAAGAAGGCCAAGGUCGGCAUUAUCGCUGUCUUCUUCGGUAUUUUCACGCUAGGCGUUGCACUCUUCCCACAAGUCGAACUCGGCCUUGAUCAGCGCAUUGCUAUCCCAAGCGAUUCGUAUCUCAUCCCCUACUUCAACGAUCUCUACGAGUACCUGGAUGUUGGCCCACCAGUCUACUUCGUGACAAAGGAUCUCAACGUCACCGAAAGGGCACCGCAAAAGGAACUGUGUGGUCGCUUCGCAGUCUGCAACGAAGGCAGUUUGGCGAACAUCAUCGAGGCCGAACGCAAGCGCCCAGAGGUCUCGUUCCUCUCCGCAUCGGCUGCCAACUGGCUCGACGACUUCUUCCUGUGGUUGAACCCGCAGAAUGAGAAGUGUUGUGUCGACGCAAAGGGCAAGCCAUGUUUCCAAGAUCGCCAGCCACCCUGGAACAUGACUCUCCACGGUAUGCCGGAAGGUGAGGAGUUCAUACACUACCUCGAGAAAUGGAUCGAUGCUCCUACCACCGAAGAGUGCCCAAUUGGCGGCAAAGCAGCUUACUCCGAUGCCCUGGUCAUCGACUCGAAGCACCUGACCAUUCCCGCCUCGCAUUUCCGCACCUCACACACGCCUCUGCGCUCCCAGGAAGACUUCAUCGCAGCAUACACUGCCGCACGCCGCAUCUCGCGCGAGAUCUCCAAGGACGUCGAAGCCGAAGUCUUCCCGUACUCAAAGUUCUACAUCUUCUUCGACCAAUACAUCUCCAUAGUGCGUCUUGCCGCCGCACUACUCGGCUCCGCGCUCGCGGCCGUGCUUGUCAUCACAUUCAUCCUCCUUGGCAGCCUCGCCACUGCCCUGGUCGUCACCCUCGUCGUCGGCAUGACCGUCUCCGCCAUCAUCGGCUCCAUGGCCGUCAUGGGCGUGUCGUUGAAUGCUGUGUCACUCGUCAACUUGAUCAUCUGCGUGGGUAUCAGUGUCGAGUUCACAGCGCAUAUCGCCCGCGCUUUCACGUUCCCCAGCCGCGCUACCAUGGAACGCGCGCCCCGCCAUCGCUUCCGCGGCAAGGACGCGCGCGCCUGGACCGCCAUGGUCAAUGUCGCGAGCAGCGUUAUCAGCGGCAUCACCAUCACGAAGGUCCUUGGUGUAGCUACUUUGGCCUUUACGCGUAGUAAGAUCUUUGAAAUCUACUACUUCCGCGUAUGGGUCGCGCUUGUUCUCUGGGCCUCGACGCACGCGCUCAUUUUACUCCCUGUAUUGCUAAGUUUAUUGGGCGGGAAGGGCUAUGUGGACCCGGAGAGCGAGGGCGGGCUCGAGCAGGAUUUGAGGAGUAGACAGUAUCCGGCGCUACUUGGGGAGGAUGAUGAGGAGUAUGAUAGUGAUUAUUAG